AUGAAGAGAACCAUUGCUGCCGUCCUGCUAGUGCUUUCCCUCGGGGCCCUCGUCGCUGCCAUCGCCGACGACCAUGUAGACACCAUUCGUCUUCCGAGCAACGGUCUUGCUGAUGAAGUAGCGACGGCGGCUACGGAGAAGAAGAGGCCGUGGAAGUGCUGCGACAGCCCGUUGUGCAGCAGGUCCAUCCCGCCGCGGUGCCGCUGCAUGGACGCGGUGGAGCAGUGCGACGAGGCCUGCACCCGGUGCGAGGCGUCCCAGUCCGACCCUUCCAAGCGGAUGUGCAACGACCGGUACCAUGGCUGGCCCGGGCCAAACUGCACCGAGCCCGACGCCGACGACAUCCCAAGUGGUACUGGUCCAGGAGUUUCUGGUCCACCGGUCGUUGGUCAGGAAGCGACGGCGGCGAUGGCAACGGAGACGUCUGUUAGCGAGGAGAGCGCCGCCGUCGGCGAGGAGAAGCCGAGGCCAUGGAAAUGCUGUGACCACCCCCUGUGCACGAGGUCUUCCCCGCCUACCUGCUUCUGCCACGACAAGGUGAAGAAGUGCGCCAAGACCUGCAAGAAGUGCCUCAAGGACGAGUCAGGCUCUUCCCUCCGCGUGUGCGGCGACCGGUACUUCGGCUGGGCCGGGCCCAGGUGCCACGAGAUCUAG